UCUAGUCUUGUACUCCCCACUGCGUCUUGUGCGAACCAGGCUAUAGCGAUAAUGUAUAUUGCAACUCUUAUUUUGAUCUUUGGCUUUGCUGUGCUAGCUGCAGCUUUUUGUCUGCUGCUUAUUGGCCUUGUGUAUUCUGAGUUAAUGAAUUCAGAAAUUCCUCCUGGAGUUGCCAAUUAUAGAAAACUACAUGUGGUUCAUUGCCUCUAUGUAGGAAUAGCAGUUCUGGGUCGAAUCUUGGAACGACUUGGUAUCUGUGAUCAAGUAAAAUUCAGCCGCAGGGUCACAGGCUAUAUGACAGUACGAAAAACACCACCUCCCCCUGGGUUACGCAUUAAAGACUUGACCUUUGCUGGAGUUCCAGUGCGUGUGUAUGAGCCUACUGUACCAUCUGACAGAAAGAGAAGAGGCCUGGUGUAUUUUCAUGGUGGAGGCUGGGUUGUGGGAAGCAUAGAUACUCAUGAGGAAAUUUGCAGAUUCAUUGCAAAGGAGAGUGAAACUACAGUUGUGUCUGUCGGCUACAGACUAGCUCCAGAGCACAGGUACCCUGCCCACCUGGAUGACUGUGAGGCUGCCACCUGCCACUUCUUCACAGUAGCUGAGGCAGAGUUUGGUGUGGACCCAUGCAGAGUGGCAGUGGGUGGGGAUAGCGCAGGGGGAAAUCUGGCAGCCGCACUGUGCCAGCGACUGGCAAAGCGACAGGAUGGGCAUCCGUUCUCUCCCUGUGCCCAGAUUCUUAUCUACCCAGCUCUGCAAAUGGCUGAUCUCAACCUGCCCUCGUACCAGCAGAACCAUGCCAUUCCCAUACUGUUCCGGGGCCGAGCAGCAUUCUACUUCCUGCAGUACAUCAACGGGGAAGUGUCUCUUUGCCAGGAUGUGCUGGAAGGCAAUCACGUUCCUCCUGAACUAAAACAGCACUACAGGAAGUGGCUGUCCCCAGAUAACCUUCCACCUGAGUUCAGAAGGCAGGCUAGCAACCCUCAGGUGGUUACAGGUCACGAUGCCGAAGUGUAUCACAUGAUUAAAGUGGGCUUAGACCCGGAGAUCUCACCAUUGCUAGCGGAAGAUGACGUUGUCUGCCGCUCACCUCCCACCUUUAUCCUCACCUGUGAGUAUGACGUCCUUAGAGAUGAUGGGAUUCUCUACCGCAAAAGGCUGCAGGACCUUGGAGUGAAGGUGACCUGGGAACACAUCACAGAUAGCUUUCAUGGGAUCAUGAACUUCUUCAAUAAAGGCUGGCUGACCUUCCCCUCAUCACAGAAGCUCUUAGAUAGCAUUGUGAACUACGUAAAGACUGAAAUGUGAUCAGCCAUUACCGUGCCCAUUAUUUUUUAGAAUUUUUAUAAACAUGUGGAGUAAGAAAUUAGUCAAUCUCCAGUAACACUUGACUGAUUUACUGUAAAUGCUGCUAUGUUGUAAGCCACUGAGUUUUCCAGACCCUUACUUUCAUUUAGAUGUGUAGAGAUCAAAAGAAAGCUUUCCAUAUUGUCAAAUAUUUUACCCAUUAAUACAAAACACAAAUAUGUAUUUUUUCUCAUAUGACUGUAGGCAAACAAAUGAUUUCAGUGCAUUUGAAGAUUUUACCUUUUUUUGUAUGUAUGUUUCUGAUUGUCUCAUAGGCUAUUGUUCACAUAAACAUAAUUUACUAUACAUUUUGACUCAUUGGUAGUAUUCAUGUUGUUUAUUCAUGCAGAAAUUAGAUGAACGAUAACAAUUUACUGAGUUCUUCCGAAGACACUUACAUUGCAUUAUGGGCACUGUAGUCUCUACUGCUACACCACCUCUUUUUAGCUCAGCAACAGACUUUUCAAAAUAAACCAUUCUUUUAA